CCGAGAAGCCGGGUCAGAUCGAGAUUAGGGAGGAUCUCAAGGGAGGACGAGGUUGAGCAGAGACCCGUCUGAGCUCAGUGAAGAGGAGAAGUUGUUUGGACGGCGCGGAAACUAUCGAGCGGAUCGGCAGCCUAAGGCCGCCUAUCCACCCAAUCGAGAUCGCGCCUCAGGCCGCCAUGACUCGUGAUCUUCGAUGCUUCCGCCUAUCAUGUGCUUUUCCCCUCUGCCCUUUCCCCCCUCUUGCCUUUACUGUCCAUUGUUCUCUCGUUCAACUCCAUCCUUCAUCUAGUCUAGGCUACUAUAGUUCCUCUCUGCUCUCAGGGCAAAGGGCACUUUGUCCCGCCUAAACUGAAACGUCUGCACCGAUAGUCAAGUGCCCCACCAUGUCGGCCCAGGCUCUUUAUCAACCUCCCCUCCGAUGCCAUGCAACAAUCCGAAGUGCUCGUCCACAUCUCCGCCCCCAGCACCGUGGCCGAUGAUGCCGGCUACCGCGCUCAGGUCGAAGCAAUCCUCAGUUUUCAACCUUUCUCUCGUCAGCUCAUAACCUUACGAUCUGAGGACAGCGAAGCCAUCCCCGCUGUAACGGAAGCCGGUCCCUCCUAUACCCAGGAACAACACAAUGCCAGCUCUUCUACACUCAAGCCUCCAGACCCUGGAGCAGCCUCACCAGCCCAGCGACCAAGUCAACAUGACAAGGACUCGCUCGGAACCCCCAUGAGUGUCAUUCCCGAUUCUCAGCCUGAGCGAAUUCCCCCGGAGCCAGUCGACUUGCAGGAGAUUGCCCUUCCCCAACCAAGUCCAACACCCCGUCGCAAAUCGACCGAUACGAAUGGCCUACCCCCUACGAAGCGAAGUCGUCUAGACUCCCUUCCACCAGUCAUCGGUACAACAUCCCCAGAUGAACAUCUCAACAACCUCAGCUCACCAAACAACGACACCACCACCACCACCAUCACCACCAGAGAAGCGCCCGCCCCCCAAACACCAAAAGACAUCACCCUACACCUCCCCCUAGAAAUCAAACCAAACCCACCUCCCAUAUCAACAGACCCCUUCACAACCCACAUCACCCCGACCCUAAAAAUGCUCUCCACCCGCCUCAACCCCUCCCGCACAUACACUCCCCUCCAACAAACCCGACCCCUCGACGACCUCGAAAGAGGACACUGGUACCUCCGCCUCAAUCUCACCGACACCCUCAACCCAAAGCCAAGCUCCAGCUGCACCUGGGACAUGCCACUCUUCACGCGCUUCUGGACCUUCCUAAGGGAUUUCAUCGCCAAAGAAGGUCGCGCUGGCUGGGGUGUCUGGUGCAUUCUGGAGGAUGAUGGCUCAGAUAAACCCGCACCGUCGCCUCAGGGUGGACCCGAGGAUCGUGGUGAAACAACGAGACCAGUAACCCUGAAGGUCUACGCAUGGGGCGAGCUAGCUUCUCAUAUAUACCUGCUUUUAUUCCUGGCGAGUGAGCGUCGCGUUCGCAGGAUGGGACUGCAGUGGCGUGAUAGUGCAGACGAUGUCGUGAUUCAGAUGCCGUAGGAAUCAUGUUGGGUGGAUGCAAAUUCCCAAUACCUUUGGGGGUUUCUUUUCGUAGUGUAUAAAUAAUAUUUGUGGAGCAUCAGCGAUGCGCUAUAUAUGUACAUACUCUUUCAAAAAUUAC